AUGGGUGAUAGAAGCCUUACUCGAGAACUUAAGCGUUGGGCGAUCGAGGAGUUCAAUAUACCCCCUCAAAGCCUACCACACGACAGUUACAUCAAGACGCUGUGCGUUGGGUCUGGAGCCUCCAUUUGGAAGUAUGUGAUACGACAUGUCUUCAAUCAGCGGAAUGUACGAAUGAUGCGUGGGAAUCUUCAGUGGUACAAAAUCCUGCAGGAUAAAGAGCUGAAAGAGAUGGAGGGCCAGAGUGAAGCGGCGAAGCGUCUGGAGCUCCAGAGAGAGAUUGAAGAGAUGAAGGCAGAGCUCAACCAGUUGGACUCACAGAUAAGCGGGGCCGAGUCCCAGCUGGCCGCCGAGGAGCAGUCCGUGAGCAGGAGCUGGGGACUGUGCGAGGAGAACCGACAGCGUGCCGUUCUCCUGCAGGCUUUCAGACAGCGCUGCGCCGAGGAGAGACGCGCGCUCUCGGGGGACGCGCAGCGGAUCAGUGUACACAGCCACGCUCUGGAGGACCUCUCCAGGAAAGCUGAAGUGGAAUUGGUGUUCGAACCUACUGAGAGUGGAGACGGUCUCGACCCCACAGGGCCAGAACCUGUGAUUUUACGUGAUGUGAGGAACCUCUGUGAGGAGAGAGUCCUUUUCUUCCAGUCUUUACAAGAGAGUGAACUGAAGACAAAUCCAUCCACUACACAACUGACCCGGGAUCAGAGAGCUGCUGUAUUCCAGCAGUGGUUAAGUGCUGUGGAGAGCUUGCUACAGUCUCACCCACCCAGUCAAGUGGUGUCAGCCCUGCAGGCUCUGGCCUCCCAACAGCAGGUGGUGCUGGAGGAGAAGCUUGCCGCUUUGGAUGUGGGGCGUGACGUGUCUGCCUUGGGGUUUCGUUAUGAGAGUAACCAUUUGCAUGAUGUUUCAAGAGACGGAGAAGAUCUUCCGCCCGUCAAGAGUCUUUUACAGUGGGCCCAGGAGGAGGUGGAGCAGAGCUACGUCCGGCUGUCGCAGACCCGCUCCAGAACCCAACAGCUCAAAACAGAACUCGGUGCCCGUAUUAAAGAAGCCGAGCUGAGACUGCAUGGACAGGACCUCGCGACAGACUCUCUCGCGUGGUGUGUGUUUGGCCUGGAGCUGCAGUGUGUUUUACAGGCGGCGGUGAGGGACAGCAUACGGGAGCAGUGUUUGCAGCUGGAGCUGCAGGCCAGAGAGAGACAAGAGGCCCUGAAGAACCUCCAGACACAGUGGCAAAGCAUCAUCAACUUCAGACGGCUAGUGGAUAUCAGACAGGAACAGAUAAGAAGUUUGAUCAAAGCCAACUCUACAGCGAAAUCUGAACUAACCAGAGUUCAUUCAGAGAUAAAAGAGUUCGUAGGAGAGAAACUCGGCCCCCAGUUCGGCGACGUUGUCAAAGCGGCGGGUGGCCUUCGUAAUUCGGUCUCACAGGAAGCCAGACAGUUCAGUUUGGUGUCAUUGGCUGCUCUUGACUACAGAGUGAUGGAUGGGGAGCAGAGAGUUCCGGCUGGCUGGCUUUCACUUUAUCGGCUGCGUUCCCCAACUUGUCAUCAGCUGUGUGAGAGUCUGGUGUUUCCAAUGUACAUGGCUCCAGAGGAGCUGUGGUCUCAGACUGUGGCCCAGAAGCUGGAGCUGCGACACCUCCGCCAGUUACUCCAGCUCCUCUCCUCCUCGUCAGCCAGUCUGCAGAGGCUGACGGCUCAGCUUCCCGCAUCUGAUCAGCAAGCUCUCCUGCAGCUGGUGCGGACGGAAGAUGCGGAGCUGCUGCAGUCUCUGUUGCCUCGGGCCAGAGAGCUAAUCAAACGCUGCUCCAAAGGCCUGUCCAACUGCAGUCAAGUCAAAACCGCCAUCACACACUGGUGGGAACAGCCAGCUCAGUUUGCCAUGCCAGAGAUGCAGAGGGGGGGUCUGACCUUCCACCAGUGGCUGCAAAGAUGGAAAUUAGCAGCCAAAGGAUUUUAA